CAGAGAGACAGAGAGAGACAGAGAGAAGGAGAGACACCAGCGCCUCUCCACCGCUCGUGAAGCUUCCCUUUGCAUGGUCUCCUUUGUGGUGACUGGGAGCUUGAACCCAGGUCCUGGCACGUGGUAAAGUGUGCACUCUACCAGAACUUACCUGGUCUUGCCAUUUUGUGACCGAACAACGACCAAGAACUUUUCUACCUGUGAAUCUCGCCGCUGUGUAAGCAUCUCUUAAGAUCUCUACUUCAGCUGUCAAGCCAGCCUCUCAGUGAGCAUCACAAAGCUCUCUCCCUUACCUACCAUCAUGUCUAAGUCUCAGUCUCCCAAAGAGCCAGAGCAGCUGCGCAAGCUCUUCAUUGGAGGUUUAAAUUUUGAUACCACCAACGAUAGUCUGAGAAGCCAUUUUGAGCAAUGGGGAACGGUCACUGACUGUGAGGUCAUGAGAGACCCAGACACCAAGCGCUCCAGAGGCUUUGGGUUUGUCACCUAUGCCACCGUGGCAGAGGCAGAUGCAGUCAUGAAUGCCAAACCGCACAGGGUGGAUGGAACCGUUGUGGAACCCAAGAGAGCUCUAUCCAGAGAAGAUUCUCACAGACCUGGUGCUCACCUGGCUGUGAACAAGAUUUUUGUCGGCGGCAUUAGAGAAGACACAGAAGAGCAUCACCUGAGAGAUUACUUUGAGCAGUUUGGGAAGAUUGAAGUGAUUGAAAUCAUGACCGAUCGUGGUGGCAGGAAGAGAGGCUUUGCUUUUGUCACCUUUGAUGACCAUGAUGCUGUUGACAAGAUCGUCAUUCAGAAAUACCAUACCCUGAAUGGCCACCACUGUGAAGUAAGGAAAGCCUUAUCUAAGCAAGAUGUGGCUAGUGCUUUGUCCAUCCAAAGAGCUCGUCGUGGUUCGGGGAACUAUGGUGGUGGUUAUGGAGGAGGUUUUGGUGGGAACGACAAUUUUGGUUAUAGAGGAAACUUUAGUGGUGAAGGUGGCUUUGGUGGCAGUCGAGGUGGUGGUGGAUAUGGUGGCCGUGGGGAUGGCUAUGAUGGAUUUGGCCAUGAUGGAGGCUACUUUGGAGGUGGAGGAAACUAUUAUGAUUUUUACUACAAUCAGUACUCAAAUUUUGGGCCCAUGAAAGGAGGAAGCUUUGGAGGUCGAAGCUCUGGCCCUUAUGGUGUUGGAGGUCAGUACUUUGCCAAGCCACGAAACCAAGGUGGCUAUGGUGGUUCCAGUGGCAGUGGUUAUGGCGGUGGCAGAAGGUUUUAAUUAAUUGCCAGGAGAAGUUAGGAGAGAAGGGCCAGAGAAGUGAUAGGAAUCUACAGGUUACAACAGAUUGUGAACUCAGCCGAGUACAGGGCCUAGCUACUAUAAAGAAAACAUGUUUUAGACAAUAUUCUUCUGUGUGGGGUGGGUGGGGGGAACAAAACAAAACAAAAAACCCUAGAGGACUGUGUUUGUGACUGAUUGUAUAACAAGUUAGUAUUUUAGUUGCUGUUCUGUGGAAAGUGUAAAGCAUUCCAACAAAAGUGUUUCAAUGUAGAUUUUCUUUUGCACCCAUGCUGUUGACUGCUAAAUGUAAUAGUCUGAUCUUGAUGCUGAAUAAAUGUCUUUUUUAAAAAUGUGCUCUCCACAUGGGACUUGAACACACAGUUCAAGUGCUUUUGGCCUCUGUGUCUUCUGAACUGCAGUUCGGAAGCUCAGAAUCAACACCUGCUGUAACUCUCCAGCUGUAACAAAUAACGCUGUAACAUGCAAACCCUAGCCCAGAGAUGUAACACUUGAGCUGGCUGCUUUCACUCCAGACUAGUUUCUUGUUCAAGUUUCAUUUUAAUUUUUAAGACUAUGUAUGGAAUUGUUUUCUUUUUUUUUUCUUCUUAAGUGUUUGGGGAAAUGAUCUGUAAAACGAUAUGGGCCUGGAAUUUUCUUUGUGCAAAAGUUAAGUACAAUUAAACAUUUUCAUAGAUAAAACAGUUUAAUUUUAAUUGAUUUAAUAAACAAUUAGAAUUAAAAGAA